UAGGGUUACAAGAUACAGAGAUGUCACACCUCCUGUCCCCAAUCCUGCUGCUGAUGUCCAUGGUCAGUCCUCCAGGUGCUCAGUGCAGUGUCAGCUGGGAGGUGCAGCGCUAUGAUGGCUGGUACAACAAUCUAGCGGAUCACAGUCGAGGCGCGGCAGGCUCUCCUUUAAUGCGCCACUCGCCCCCAUGGUACUCUGAUGGGGUGUACCAGCCUCUUCAGGAGCCCCUGCUGCCCAACCCACGCAAGUUCAGCAACUUUAUCAUGAACGGGCCAUCCGGCCAGCCGUCCUUCAGGAACCAGACUGUCCUCUCAGUUUUCUUUGGUUACCAUGUUUUAUCCGAGAUCGUUGACUCCAGGAGACCGGGGUGCCCUCCAGAGUUCAUCCACAUUGCAGUCCCGACUGGGGAUCCUGUCUUUGACCCCAACAGCACUGGGACGAUUCUUUUACCAUUCCAGCGUGCCGAGUGGGACAAGCACACCAGUCGCAGCCCAAACAGCCCCCGCACACAGGUAAACCAUGUGACUUCUUGGAUUGAUGGAAGUUCCAUAUAUGGAACCUCCAGCUCCUGGUGUGAUGCCCUGAGGAGCUUUGACAGCGGACGUUUAGCCACGGGUCCUGACCCAGGUUUGCCUCAGCAGAGCACUGGGAACUUCAUGUGGGCCUCCGCUGACCCCUCCACAGGCCAGCAUGGUCGCCAGGGCCUCUAUGAGUUUGGCAACACCUGGGGGAAUGAGAAUGUGUUCACAGUGGCAGAGGGGAUUAUCUGGUUUAGGUACCACAAUUACCUGGCUUCUCAGCUGCAGGAGAAACACCCAUUAUGGUCAGAUGAGGAGCUCUUUCAGAAUGCCAGGAAAAGGGUGGUUGCCACAUUACAGAGCAUUGUGUUCUAUGAAUGGUUGCCUGGACAUCUGGGAGAUGUGACUGUGCCAUCCUACCGAGGCUACCAGAAGUUUGUAGACCCUGGUGUCUCGCCUGAGUUCCAGGCAGCUGCCUUGGGGGUUUGGGCUACAGCGGUUCCCCCUGGUGUUUACAUGAGGAACAGGACAUGCCACUUUCGGAACAUCAUCAACUUGGAUGACAGCGUGUCCCCAGCCAUGCGCACGUGCAAUAGCUUCUGGAACAGAGAGAAUCCAAACCUACAGAAUGGCCAAGAUGUGGAUGAUCUCCUGAUGGGAAUGGCAUCACAAAUUUCAGAGAAGGAGGACAACAUCAUUGUGGAGGAUUUGAGAGAUUACAUGUAUGGCCCACUGCGGUUCUCCAGAUCUGACCUUGUUGCGCUCACCAUCCAGAGGGGCCGGGAUUUUGGCCUCCCCAGCUACAACCAGGCCAGGGAGUCCUUUGGCCUGCAGCCAGUGGGCAGCUGGGAGGAAAUAAACCCUGAUCUGAACAGAACAAACCCCGAGAUCUUCAGGAACCUAGCCCAGCUCUAUGAAAACGACAUGUCCAAACUGGAGCUUUUUCCAGGAGGCCUCCUGGAGUCUACAGAGGGCCCAGGACCACUUUUUUCCUCCAUAAUCCUUGACCAGUUCCAACGCAUCCGGGAUGGUGAUCGCUUCUGGUUCGAGAACAAGCUAAAUGGUCUCUUCACAGCAGAAGAAAUUCAGGACAUUCGCAACACCUCCUUCCACGAUGUACUUGUUGCUGUGACUGGCUCUGAAUCUCAAGAUUUCCAGAAAAACGUCUUUGUCUGGGAGGAUGGUGACCCCUGCCCACAGCCCAGGCAGAUAACAGCUGCAGAGCUCUUCAGCUGCACCAACGCCACUGACCUGCACUACUUUGACGGCAGCCAGACUGGGUUUGGCAUCACUGUCUCUGCUCUCUUUCUCCUGCCACCAGUGAGCUUUCUCCUGGCUUACACGGUGGCCUAUUUCCGCAACUAUAAGUUCAAGAGAUUCCAGAGGAAGCACCAGACCAAGGACAUUACAGAGGAGCCCGCUGUGGGAAUCACAGCAUGUGAGUGGCAGGGACCCAAGGAGCCCCUGCAGCCUGUUGGCCUGACUGUGGAUGCACUCCAGAGGCUGCUGGUGCUCGAUAACAGAGGCUCAACAGUGCGCUUCCUCAGUCUGGUGAGACAGGAGUGUUUGGACAUUCACGUCUCCAGUGAUCACCUUUGCCGUGUGCUGCUGCUUAAGGUCCCCAAAGAGUACGAUCUGGUGUUGUUUUUCGAAAAUGAGAACAAGCGUUCUGAGUUUGUGAAUCACCUACAGUCUGAGUUGACCCCAUGGAACAGGAGACUGAAUGUGAGGGAGGCAAAGGAACAACAGAUGCUGGAAGAGGCUGUGACGAAGGAACAGAGGUCACAGAUUGUGGAAACCUUCUUCAGGCAUGCCUUUUCUCAGAUCCUGGAGAUUGACAAACAUGAUGCUGGGGAUUUGAGCUCAUUAUCCCCCGUGAAGAGGAGGGAGGCACUACAGUGUGAGCUCAGUGCAUCAGAAUUUGCUGACGCCCUUGGGCUCAAGGAGGACUCACUCUUUGUGGAAUCAAUGUUUACCUUAGCUGACAAAGAUGGCAACGGCUACCUCUCUUUCCAGGAGUUUCUUGAUGUUAUUGUCAUUUUCAUUAUAGGGUCUCCAGAAGAGAAGUCAAAGAUGAUGUUUGCAAUGCAUGACCUAGAUGGAAAUGGCUCCUUAUCAAAAGAGGAGUUUUCUAGAUUACUUAGGUCCUUUUUUGAAAUCUCCAACUGCCUAUCCAAGAGCCAGGCAGAGGAAGCCAUCAAGACUAUGCUACAGGCAGCUGGGUUUGACCAAAAAGAGCAGAUUGCCUGGGAGGACUUCCAUUCCCUCAUGUGUGACUAUGAGAAGGAGCUGCAGUUCUCUCAGCUCAACAUCAAAGGGAUGGAAAAGGAGAUACAGUGUAAAAACAAACUUAAGAGAGACCAGAGAGUGUCCUUCAUCACCCCAAAAAACUCACAGACAAAGGGAGAAAAGAACUUGGCCUUUGGUGUUGUAGGGAGAGAAGGGCAGGACCUGCGCAGAAGACAUGGGAAAAACACAGGCCACUACAGUCUGGAUGUGUAUGUGAAGCCCCAGAGGGAGCGGUACAACAGGAGUCGGUUCCAGCAGAAAUUGCAGCAGUUGAAGCGCUUUGUGGAGAACUACCGCUGUCAUAUCGUCUGCUUUACCAUUUUCUACGGCAUCAUGGCAGGCGUGACUCUGGAGCGGUGCUACCACUACAGCUUGCAGGCAGAAUCUACUGGUAUCCCAGAGACCACAGCGGUGGGCAUUGUGGUGUCCCGCGGCUCGGCUGCCGCCAUCUCCUUCCUGUUCCCGUACAUGCUUCUCACCGUGUGCCGCAACCUCAUCACGAUUGGCCGUGAAACCUUCCUCAAUCGCUACAUCCCAUUUGAUGCAGCCAUCGACUUCCACCGAUGUUUAGCCAUGACAGCCAUUAUCUUCACAGUCAUUCACAGUUUAGGCCAUGUGGUCAAUGUCUAUAUCUUAUGUGUCAGUGACCUCAGCAUCCUGGCCUGUCUGUUUCCCAAAGUCUUCAUCAAUGAUGGAUCUGAGCUUCCAAAGAAGUGGACCUGGUGGUUCUUUCAGACAGUCCCAGGCCUUACCGGUGUACUACUGCUUGUCUUUCUGGCUCUCAUGUAUGUAUUUGCCUCACGCUACUUCCGCCGCAUCAGCUUCCAAGGUUUCUGGCUGACUCACUACUUCUAUAUUGUCAUUUAUGUUCUGACUGUCAUCCACGGGAGCUUUGGUCUCAUCCAGGAGCCACGAUUCCACAUCUACCUGAUCCCUCCUGCAAUUCUCUUCCUUGUGGAUAAACUCAUUAGUCUCAGUCGGAAGAAGGUGGAGAUUCCUGUGCUGAAAGCUGAGCUGCUCCCAUCAGGUGUGGUGUACCUGGAGUUCAAACGCCCUCAGGAGUUCGUGUACCGCUCAGGGCAGUGGGUCCGCAUAGCCUGCCUGGAACUAGGUACAAGUGAAUACCACCCAUUCACCCUGACCUCUGCUCCCCACGAAGAGACACUAAGCCUGCACAUCCGGGCUGUGGGGCCAUGGACCAGUCACCUGAGGGAGACCUUUUCCCCCAGGAAAGUGGAGGAGCUUGGUGCUUACCCCAAGCUGUAUUUGGAUGGACCGUUUGGAGAGAGUCAUCAAGACUGGAAGAACUUUGAAGUGUCUGUCCUGGUGGGCGGUGGUAUUGGGGUCACCCCAUUUGCUUCCAUUCUAAAGGACCUGGCAUUCAAUUUUUCAGCUAAAUUCAAGUUUCAGUGCAAAAAGGUGUACUUCAUCUGGGUCACUCGGACACAGCGGCAAUUUGAAUGGGUUUCUGACAUCAUAAGGGAUGUGGAGGAGAUGGACACCCAGGAUCUAGUCUCUGUUCACAUCUACAUCACCCAACUGGCUGAAAAAUUUGAUCUGCGGACUACUAUGCUGUAUGUGUGUGAGCGUCACUUCCAGAGGGUACUGAAUCGCAGUUUGUUCACUGGCCUGCGCUCAAUCACACACUUCGGCCGACCCCCCUUCCUGUCCUUCCUUACUUCCUUGCAGGAGGUGCAUCCUGAGGUGCACAAAAUUGGAGUGUUCAGCUGUGGACCACCUGGGCUGACCAAGAAUGUGGAGAAAGCCUGUCAGCAGAUGAACAAGCAGGACCAAACUCACUUCAUUCAUCACUAUGAGAACUUCUGACCAUUCCUGGCUAUUUACCACAAAGGAAUCCACUUUACUCCACUUUACUGAGUGAAAGCCAUGCUUUUACAAUGACAGCGUGCUAUAAGCAAUUAUGACAUGGCUCCUGACAGCAUGUGUUCAAGAACACCGCCAAAAAAUGAACAUUCAAUACUUCUACAUGCAUUUUUACUCGCACAAAUAAUGUGAUUGUUCACUUUACAAACUGAAAUUUUACUGCUGUUGUUCUAUACAACCUGUGAUAUACAAUACUAAGGCAAAAUUGUGAGACUAAAAUGGAAGUUUCUCCUAAAUCCAGAUCAAAUUCAGUCUAUAUAAAAAAUACAAUUGGAUUUGUACUUCAGAAUAUAAUGAUGUGUAAUUCUGCAGUAUAAUGAUCUGUGAUUGAAUUAAUGAUUUUUAAAUGAA